AUGGCACGCCGUCAGGCAUUUGCCUGUUCACGGUGCUUUCGCAGAAAAAAGCGCUGCGAUGCCAAAUUCCCGGCCUGCAGUAAUUGUCAAGCUGCUGGCGUCGAGUGCGUAAGCAUUGACCGCGAGUCGGAGAAUGAUGUUCCAAGAAGCAUCGUCAAGUUUCUGGAACAAUCAAUUGCCGAGCUGGAGAUCGAGAUCAGUACAAGGGACGGAGACAAAAACGUCAACCCGGAGACGGGGACAGCCUUCGAAAUCCUCGCAGAAGGUUCGUCCAGCACUCAUAUCGGUUUACCACGCCCGGAAGAGUCUGCGGACCAUGCUAUGGCGGUUCUCUCAAAAGUCACUGCCGACGCGCAAAAUCUACUCUGUGGCACGGACGUCAUCCGAAACAGUGAAGAGCUUCCCUAUCUGAACGUGAUGCUGCAUGAGGCCCACCUCCCUACUCCCUUGUGGCGGGCCAAUGCUGGCGACGAAAGACAAAUGAGCAUUCCACUCAGGAAAGGCUUGAAGAGCUUUGUCCCUGUCUCGGUCGCCAGAACGUUGCUGGACACCUACAUUUCCAAGAUCCUGCCGCAAUAUCCCAUCUUCCUGGUGAAUGACCUCGAGGACCUCUUCAAUUCCGUUUAUGGGCCGCUAGACCAUCCCAACGCUCCAGCGACACACUACUACAUCAUGUCCAUGAUCAUGGCCAUCACGACCAUGACAUCAAAAUCGGAUGAUAUCUAUCGACCGUUAGCAUUGGCGGAGUCCCUCCAUACAGAAGCACGGGCCCAUGCGAGUGCUCUUGGUACGACAAGCAUCCAGUCCUUGCAAUGCCUGCUUCUCUCCAUCCAACUCGGUUUCCUUUUGCCUCACACUGGCGAUCUGGUUCACUUGGUCAAUGAAGCCAUGCGACUAGCUACCGAAUUGGGCCUGCACCAGGAGCGAACAGUGCCGCCAAGGAUGCCCUCAUGUAUCAUUCAGUUCAGGCGUGCCUUGUUUUGGUCAUGUUAUAUAUUGGACAGAUCAAUCAAUCUAGUAGGCCACCGGUGCUUCGCCAUUCGGGACGAGAACAUCUCCAUUCAAUUUCCCGACCCGCCACCGUGCGCGGGCAUCAGCGAUAUCAAUGGACAAUCUCCUGAGACGCUAGACUACUUGAGAUUUAUCAAUGGUAUACGCCACAGGCAAAUCCAGUCCGAGAUAUGCGCCGUUCAAUUCUGCAAUAAACCGUUUCCUCAGCCUUCAUAUGCCGACUGGCGAGAAGAAAUGGGGCAAAAGGUCUUGAAUUGGCGUACACAAGCUAUGUUUGACAGCCAGGUCAUGCCGUACUGGAUAGAGCUCGCCACAUGGUAUAACGUCUUCACCCUCCACCGGCCUUGUCUACCAAACCCCAGUCCGGAUGUCACUUCGAUAAUCACAUGCUUCACAGCCGCCGAGAAUCUAACCGCCUCAUAUUGGGAAUCAUGCCGCGAAGGACGUUCCAGGUUUCCUUGGCAUACAAUUCACAAUUGCUUCGAGAUCGGCAUUGUUCUGCUUUACAACAUCAGGAGCCAGUCCACCUCCUUCACAGACACUCUGCCGAACGGCCUCACUUCGGCAUUAGACGUACUCAACAAAAUCUCAAAUAUUUUCUGUGCCUUGGCUGACCGAUGGCCGGCAGCGUGGCAAUGUGGCGAAUUCUUCGACAAGGUCAAAAAGGAGGCGCUCAGGAGCUUCUUCAGCGUUUCUGGGACGUCUAAGCCUAGCAAUUUCUCAAACAAUCUCGUCAUCAUCGACGACAUGGUACUACACCGCCCAGGUGACACGCAAUAUGUUCCAGCUUUUGGAGGACGCUCAGAGUUUGACUUCGGUAGGGAGAUGGCCAAUCUACAAAACUGGCGCAAUAUUAGCCAGCCCAUGGAAAAUAUCGAGGUUCAGAACCUGAACAGCGUUGAAUUCUCUACCUUUGACCUGGAGUUUGACGAUGUCGACUGGUCACAGUUUGUCUCUCUUUCUGCCUACAGCGAUCUGGAUAUCUUACCUACUCUCGACGUAGAACCUGUCCUGACACAGGUGGAAACGCCAUCAAAAUUGACAUUUGACCUCUCAUCCACCGAGCGAUACCUUGAAAUUGCCUUCAAACAUCUGCCACCUUGCAGAUACUGCCGAAAACGGAGGACCAGAUGCGAUCGCAUGCUGCCCUCUUGCCGCCAGUGUACAAAACUGGGCGAAGAGUGCAAGUUUUAUGACCCCGUUCUGAUGAAGGACAUCCCCCGGCAAUAUGUCUGUGCCUUGAAAGAGAAUUACGAGAACCUCCGGUCUGCGUUGAAGAAGGCUAGCAGCUCAAGCCGGGGUACUCCCAUUCAACAAGAAAAGAAAACCUCAUCCUUGUCAGCGACUAGUUUCCCCGCACGCAGGCAUGAAAAUCAGGCGAACGACUUCCUGAACGAGGACCACACUCUGGCCGAGGCUGCCUCGAAACUUGGUUCUAUGAGCGUCUUCGACCAGCUCUUUCGGCUUGCUUCAAAAAUGGCCUUGAUGGAUAUGCCCCUCUGUGUUGUUUCUCCCCCUGGAUUGGAGGAAUUUUUGCAAUCCAUGCUCGCUCCGGCUCGACCCAGCCGCGGAGGAACAAGUACUAGUCCUCCUCAUCAUGUGGCCGAAAUGCUUGUACACCAGUAUCAGCACUCAAUCGAGCUGUUGUUUCCUAUUCUGGGAGCUGCAGUUCCCAAAGUCGCAGUUGAUAUCGCAUAUCGCAAGACGAGGGCUGGCGAUUCCGCUACGACCGAAAUGAAUGUGACAUUGUAUCUUGUUUUGGCCAUUACAACUCGAACGCUGAGCAAGAAAAAUCGCGACUUCAAAGACUGGUCCAUGACACUAUUUGAGCGCGCGAGAAGUGAGCUUGGUACCGUGAUGUCUGCAUUAACUUAUCCUUCGGUGCUUUCAGUGCGUCUGAACCUUCUCGUCUGCAUGUAUCUCUGGCUGGAUCCUGCAGCAGGCAAUGUCUGGAGAUGGAGUGGCCAGGCUUCGCGAUCUGCCAUGGAUCUGCGAAGAGUGCUAUACUCGCAGGAUAAUCCCUCAUGGGACGAAUGGAUCAUCUACACGACUUUGUUCCGAAUGGAGACCGAUCUCAGCGUCUCAUAUGGGCGACCACCGCAACUCAUUGAGGCCGAGGUUCCGGCUAAUAUGGAGAUCCCAACCGACCAGAGGGUGUUCCCCCACCUCCUCUACGAGCUAUCACGGUUCAAAUAUCGAUCUCACGUGGCAAGUCUAGGCUCGCAACUUGGCGACCUCCAAGUCCAGGCAAAAUUGCAGGGCUGCAAAGAAGGGAUCGAAGCAUGGCUUGGGAAGUGGACGCAGAGUAUUCACUCGGUAUGCGACAAAGGGUCCGACAACACCACCGCCAGGGCUAGUCUCAUCUCGUGGCUUGAGGUGUACGGCACGUUUCACCACUCUGAAGCGCUUCUGCGGGUUCACAUGCAACCAGUUGGAGAACAGACUUCGGCGCCCGAAGCUGUGGCUGUAGCUCGAGAGGUCAUACGCAGCUUCUCUAGCCUCUAUUUGGGCCAAAGUUCCAUCGUGGAAGGCGAGCUGUUCCCCUCCAGUGCUCAGAAGCCAACCCUGCUCCUGGCGCCGCUUCCAUGGUCAGCUGUACACUCCAUGUGUGCAGCCGGGGUGUUUCUCAUGGAUGUCCUGACCAGUGAGCAGGAUCUCGAGGUCGUGGAACGACUGAAACACGACAUCGAACUUUGCAUAUCACUGCUGUCAUAUUUAGAGAACGAUUCGGAUAAUGCAGCAGCAGGACUAUCUAAAUCUCUCAAAACACUACGCAAAGCAUGCGGCGAAAAGCGAUGGCCUCAGCAAGGGGCAUGCGGGGACAUCCUAAGCUGA